CAGCCUCCUUGCCAAUAUUUACACUUUGAAUCUAGGUUUGAGCAGGUAGUCUGCAAGGUGUCGUGUUGCUUCCUUGUUGUACGGAUUGGACACCAGAGUCCCCUCCCAAAGGCCGCCCCACCUCUGCAGGACUCACCUGUGAAAGCCGAUGCAGCAACAAAAGUCACUCUCGCCCUCAACAGGGGGAACCCAGCAGGAGCAGAGCCAGAGAAGACCUCCUGAAGACCUGAGCCACAUUUUGCACAAUGGCCUCUACCCUCUCCGUGCGCAGCAUCUCGUUGCGACAGCCCUCCUUCUCCAGCAUGUCUGUUAGGGACAGUGGACGCACCAUUAGAGCCAAGUCCUCCGUCUCUCCCCUGUCCACCAUCAGCACUGUGUCUCUGUCCCGUUCCCUCUCUGUGGGAAACGGCCUCAACACACUGGGCUCCAGCCUCUCCCUCAAUGGCCUUGGCGCCAGCGAGAAGGAGACGAUGCAGUGUCUGAACGACCGGCUGGCCAACUACCUGGACAAGGUGCGGACACUGGAGAGGUCCAACACUGAGCUGGAGCUGAAGAUCAAGCAGCUAAUGAUGGAGAAAACUCCAAAGGGGCAUGACAUCGAGGGGAUGAUGGCUCAGGCGCAUGCCAUUGGACAAGAGGUGAGGAAAAGAACCCUGGAGAAUGCUCGGGUCAUGCUGGAGAUUGAUAACGCCAAACUGGCUGCUGAUGAUUUUCGGGUCAAAUGGGAAGCGGAGGCCACGCUGUGCCAGUCGGUGGAGAGGGACUGCCAGGCUCUGAGGAGGGCAAAGUCAGACCACGACCAGAUCAUCGCCACUCUGAGAGGAGACCUGGACAGCUUGAAGGAGGAGCUGUACUACCUCAAGAAGAACCACGACGAGGAGAUGAGCGCCCUGAAGGCCCGCCUAGCCAGCGAGCAGGUGAGCGUGGAGGUGGAGGCGCCCCAGGGGCACGACCUGGGGGCCAUCAUGGCUGAACUGAGGGUCCAGUAUGAGGGCAUCGCUCGCAAGAACAAGGAGGAGGCGGAAACCUGGUACCUCAAGAAGUUAGAAGCAGUUCAGUCGGAGGUUAAAGAAAGCAAUGAGGCGCUUCGCUGUGCUCAGGGUGAGCUCAGCGAGAGGAAACGCUUCUUGCAGGCUCUGGAGGUUGAACUCGACAGUCUUCGGCGACAGGUGAACGUGUUGGAGGGAAACCUGGGAGAAACUGGACACAAAUACUCUGUUGAGAUGGACCGUCUUCAGGCCACGCUGACGCAGCUGGAGGAUGAGCUGUCCCAGCUGCGUUUGGACAUGCAGCGCAACAAAACCGACUACGAGCAGCUUCUGCGCAUCAAGCAGAACCUGGAGAUGGAGAUCGCGACCUACAGGAGGCUGCUGGAAGGGGAGGAAAUGGUGAAAGAAACACCCCCACCUCCUAAAAAAGACCCAGAGGUACGAACCAGGAAGAUUGUUAAAGUGGUCACGCAGACGAUGAUCAACGGAAAAGUGGUGGACGAGUCCAGUGAGGUGGAGCAGAUUGAAGACACAAAAAAAUGAGUGAAACAGAUGAAACACAGCUGACUCCGACAUCCAAAGAUCACUGAUGGCAUUCAAGAAGUUGUUUUUUCCUCCCGUUUAGUCUAAACACUGGAAAUUCUGUUCCAAAAAUGUUGUUUACAAAUAAUUUUCUUCCAGUCACAAACAGCUCUUGAAACUAGUUUUGAUUCAGUUUGCUUCCAUGAGCGAGUUUUAUGCAUUGACCGGAUCUUUGGCUUUUCAACAAGUCUUACUUUAAUCAGAACAAUAAAAGUAGCUCUGCUCUUUUGA